AUGACUAGUCCUCCAAUUCAAAAAGAACUUAUUAAUUGUUGUGCCAAAGAAACCACUAGACUUCUUAUUGAUGAUAUUGGGGAUGACUAUUUUGGAAUACUGGCUGAUGAAUCUAGUGAUGUAUCUCAAAAGGAACAAAUGGCCCUUUGCUUGCGUUAUGACAAUAAUAAAGGGAAGAUAAAUGAGAGGUUUCUUGGAAUUGUACAUGUUAAGGAUACUACUGCUUUGUCAAUAAAGAGUGCAAUUGAGUCUUUGCUUAUGGAAUAUUCAUUGAGUUUGUCUAGAGUUCGUGGACAAGGUUAUGACGGUGCUAGUAAUAUGAAGGGGGAGAUAAAUGGUCUCAAGACUUUGAUUAUGAAUGAAACAAAACAAGCCUAUUAUAUUCAUUGUUUUGCUCACCAACUUCAAUUAACCCUUGUUGCUGUUGCUAAGGAUAAUGAUGAUUGUAUUUGGUUGUUUGAUCAACUUUCUAUUUUGUUGGAUAUUAUUGGUGUUUCUUGUAAGCGAAGGGAAAUGAUAAGAGAAAUACAAUCUCAACAUAUUCUAUAA